CUUUAACUUAAUGUCUGGAUAACAUGUGAAACUAUUUAAAAGCCCAUGCGUGGGAAUGUAUAAUAAAGUUUAGCCCGAUUGCUCAGUUAUUGUAUAUGCAAACAAUGCAGGAUAUUGACAGUUAAAAAUGGAUAAGUCAGUGAUGAUUGUUUCGGUUAGUGCAGUAGAGGAUCGCACCGAAUUACAAAAAGAAGAAAACAAACCAUCACAUUCACAGGAUCAUGGUCCACAUGAAUACUUAUCCGGAUCUAUCACGGAUGACUUAAAUUCAUUGCUGGAACAACAUAAACGUUUUGGUUUGCUACUAGGUAAUGGGUUCAGUUUCGGCAAGAGGCAUCGACAAAAUGAACAUGAAUCGAGCGAAGACCGUUACAACGCUCAUGACAAUGGAAAGAAUGGUGAACGUUAUAAAUAUGUUCUCUCAGAAAGAUCUAAGCGAUCCGUUCACUUUUAUGGGAACAUGUUGGGUAAAGGAUUAGCAUUUGGUAAACGACAUGAUUAUGAUCGAUACAUAAACUCUGAGGAAAAUGAUCCAUAUGAUGUUGACGAACCCGAAAUAGAGAAACGACUUUACGGCGGAGGCAUAUUGGGAAGAGGAUACGUUUUUGGAAAAAGACAUUUUCCAAAAAAUAGAUUGUUCGGUAAUAUUUUAGGUGGAGGAUUUGCUACUAAACGUGCUCAUGGUUUUGAAGAGUCAAACGAAAUAGAAGAACAUGCUAAUACAGAAUCUAUGGACAGUAUUGAAGAAGGGCUUGACAACGAAUACUUACAAAGAAAUGUUGAUGUUGACGAGUCGAAUGCCGACGAUUUCAAGAAGAAGAGAUAUUUUCAUAGCAGUCCCGGCACAAGGUUUAUAUUCGGUAAACGAAGCGGUCACGAAUUUAACAAGCGGUAUGGCUUUCUUGGACGAUUUCGUUUUAGCGGCAAAAGAUUUCACAACAAUUUACAUAAUAAUAUUGGAGGGGUGCUAGGAAAUGGCUUUGCUCUGGGUAAACGAUCUCAUGAAGAUGAAAAUCCUUUUGACUCUGAACAAAGUGUUUCAAUGGAGGACGAAAGCGAUGACGCGAGUUUUGAAGAUAGAUACAUUGGAAGGGGAUACAUGGUAAAUAAACGAGGACUGAAACGAUACGGGUAUGUUCUUGGAAGUGGGUGGAAGUUUGGUAAACGCUCGGGGGAGCGAGGAUACCUCCCUGAAGAUGAUUUGGAGGCCAAAUACUUUAUUGACGACGACGGUAAUAUUUUUCAAUUGAAAGACGAAGAAGAAGGUGGACAAAGCGGUUACCAGGGCGAUGAUGAUGAUGACAGUCAUCAAUUUGUUGCCCUUCUUUCAGAUCCAGAAGACAAUCACAUGCUUAAUGAAGAGCAUAAACGAAGAAUCGGUUAUGUUCUUGGGAAAGGAAUGAGCUUUGGUAAGCGAGCUGUUUCCCACAAACAGUACGGUCAUGUGCUCGGUCAUGGAUUUUCCUUUGGAAAAUAAAAAAAGUGUAUGGGAAAGGUAUCAAUGAACGUCUCAACUAUGAUUUAAGUUAAAUUGUUUUACUUA